AUGGAGCAAACUACCAUCGCAUUUGAUCUCUACGGCACGCUCCUGUCAACCGAUUCAAUAGCCACAGAAUUGGCCAGCCUGUAUGGAGACGAAAAGGCCAAAACUUUGGCUGCGCGGGCCAGGACGCUGCAGCUGGAGUACACGUGGCGCAGCAACAGCAUGAAUCAAUACCAAAGCUUCAGUGAUGUGACGCGCUGGUCUUUCCGACACGCGACAGCCGAGUUGGGCCUGCAGCUCAGUCCCGCCGAUGAGGAGCGCGUCAUGAACGCGUACAACGGCCUGGAUACGUUUCCGGAUGCCAACGCCGCCUUGGAAAUUCUCGCCGGCGAAGAAUCGGUGAACGCCUACGUGUUCUCGAAUGGCGACCCUAGCAUGCUGGCCUCUUCCAUGGCCACAGCUCCGGCAUUGUCUAGUGCCAGCCGCGUCUUGCCUCCGACGAGGGUCAUCAGCGUCGAGCCGCUGCGCGUCUUCAAGCCGCACCCGAGCGUCUACGAGAACCUGGUCGAGGUAGCUGGCAAGAAAGGCAACCCCGGUAGUGUCUGGUUGGUGUCCUCGAACCCCUUUGAUGUAUGUGGUGCAGCAGCGUCGGGUCUCAAGAGCGCGUGGGUGGACCGUGCUGGUAAAGGAUGGCUCGACGGGCUUGCUAAUGGAACGGGAAAUAAUCCGACUAUGGUGGCCAGGACUGGGAUAAUGUGCGGCAUACAUGCUGCCAUUUCCCGAAAUGCCACAGUCCAAAUAUCCGACACCCUGGAAUCGCGCCUGCGCAGCCGAGGCCCCGACCAUCUCGGAAGCCAGACCGUCCACUUCCCCGAUGCGCGUCUCUGCGUCGCCCUGACAUCCACGGUCCUGGCGCUACGCGGCGACCACACGACCGCACAGCCCCUCGUGAACCAGGGCACCGGGUCUGCGCUCUGCUGGAACGGCGAGGCCUGGAGGAUCCACGGCGAGCCCGUGACUGGCAAUGACGGCGAGACCGUCCUGUCGAAGCUUGCUGCGGCGAGCGUCGGUGGCGAGGCGGCGAUUCUGGAUACGCUUCGCGCGAUCGAGGGGCCGUUUGCGUUUGCGUUUGUGGACAAGCCAAACAGGACUCUGUAUUACGGCCGCGACCGCCUAGGCCGACGGUCGCUCCUUGUAAAUCCCGGCUCCCCGUUCCAGCUGUCCAGUGUAUCGGACACGUCUACGACAGGGUGGCUGGAGGUGGAGGCUGAUGGAUGCUAUAGCAUCUCACUGACUACAGAUAGUCUCACUUCCGCUGUAGGGCCAUCGCGGCAUGACUGGGAUAGUAACGAAAAGCUGAUAUCGGCUAUUGGCGAGUUCAACUCGACCGUACCAGACGCACAAAAGGAGUUGUCAGAAGGCUAUGAAGCUGUAUCCAUGCUCAAGAGCCACCUCCUCCAAUCGCUCCAGUAUCGUGUACAAGGUGUACCGGUACCGCCUGGAGCGGACGGGUCACAGGCCCGUAUCGCCGUACUGUUCUCUGGCGGACUUGACUGUACUGUGCUGGCCCGUCUUACAGAUGACCUGCUCCCCGAGGGUCAAGAAAUUGACCUUUUGAAUGUCGCCUUUGAGAAUCCCCGAAUAGCUGCGCAACGCAAAAAUCUCGACCUUGAAAAGUUAUAUGAACUGUGUCCGGACCGUGUAACUGGACGGCAAUCCUUCGCAGAGCUCAUCCAAUCUCGCCCGAAGAGGAAAUGGAGAUUUGUAGCAGUAAAUGUACCCUAUGCUGACACUACAUCGCAUCGAGAUACUGUAGUUGGGCUGAUUUCACCCCAUAAUACCGAGAUGGACCUUUCGAUUGCCUUUGCGCUGUACUUUGCCGCCAGGGGUCAAGGGCUAGCACAGACUGGCAUCGACGCGGAACCUUAUCCGUAUGCUACGACAGCCCGAGUCCUCCUCUCAGGGCUUGGUGCCGACGAACUCUUUGGCGGAUACUCGCGACAUGGCAUUGCAUUCCAAAGGCUAGGCUACGAGGGCUUGAUUGCAGAGCUCAAGCUCGACGUUGGACGGCUUGGAAAGAGGAACCUAGGCCGCGAUGACAGAGCCAUGUCUCACUGGGGACGCGAGGUUCGCUUGCCGUUUCUCGACGAAAGCCUGGUAAAAUGGGCCAUUGAGAUGCCGGUCUGGCAAAAAUGCGACUUUGGCAAGAACCCGGACGGAGAGGGGGACGUUGAGCCUGCAAAACGCAUUCUGCGGCUCCUGGCUAGGGACCUUGGCCUACGGGCUGUAGCGUUUGAGAAGAAGCGAGCGAUACAAUUCGGCGCGAGGACUGCCAAGAUGGAAAGUGGCAGAACAAAGGGAACGACGCUCAUUGGCGCUUGA